GCCAUAUUGGCUGGCUUACAUGGGGAGUGGAGUUGGACUAGCCGCUUGAAAAACCAAACCAGUUUCCAGUCAUGAAGUGCUUCGAGGACAGCAAGUAAAUCAAGGCGGUAGGAUUUAUUUGUGUCCUGCAGUGCGACGUGUUUGAUUUGCCAAAUUGCUCGUCAUUUCCAGUGCAGAGGGUUCUCGGUAAAGUCGACUCUCAUGGACCCCAGGACCGCUUGGAUCCAGCCGGAGCAGAAGGGACCUGCCAAUUCCCUGUGGAUGCACAUUUGGGAAACCUCUCAGGGAUUUGGAGCAAACCCCGGCAUCGACAACCACCUUCACCACCAACGCAACUUCGCGGCGCAUAAUGCCAACUCCACGGACACGCACGGCGGCGACUACUGCAAAAACGUAGCAGCAGCAGCAGCAGCAGCAGCAGCAGCGCCGCCGCCGGGAGGUGUGUUCGGAAAACUGGCGAAGCGAGACGGAGAGAGGGGAAGUGUCCGGAGGAAAGGCUCGUUGUCGCCGUCCUCCUCCUCUCUGGACUCGGAGGCCGAGAGCUCCUCUCCUUCCGGCUCCUCUCUGCACAUCGACAAUUUGAACGUCGCAGAAGAAGAAGAAGAGGAGGAGGAGGCCCACCGGGUUUUCUGCUACGGCGAGCACGAGUUGAACGAGAACAAUCUCCGGCGGCAACAUCCCCCUCCGCCUUUUCACGCUGUUCAGCAACACUGUCGCAGCAUGCAACAAUCUUUCGGCCACACCCCCAGUGGGAUGAAAAAUCAGCACGGAAACAAGCACCACCACCACCACCACCACCAGUCCCACUCCUCCGGCCGCAGGAGGCAUCUGAACAGAGCCAACACUUUCCACGGCAUCAACCCGCUGCUGUCCUUCGGCUGCAGUGGACACUGUAUAGACUCUACCUGUAGCCUGUGGAAAACCAGGCGCUACAGCCCGGGCAUUAAUGGUCUUCAUGAAGAAAUCAUGGACUUUUUCAACUUCAUGUCACCCCGGCCAGAGGAGGAGGCCAUGAGGAGAAACGUCGUGAACAGAAUAGAAAGUGUCAUCAAGGACUUGUGGCCCACAGCUAGGGUGGAGAUAUUUGGCAGCUUCAGCACAGGACUUUAUCUUCCAACCAGUGACAUUGACCUGGUAGUGUUUGGACAGUGGGACCAUCCUCCUCUGCAGGAACUGGAACAAGCCCUGAAGAAACACAACGUGGCCGGCCCGUACCCCAUCAAGGUCCUGGACAAAGCUACCGUGCCAAUUAUCAAACUUACUGACCAUGAAACAGAAGUGAAGGUGGACAUCAGCUUUAAUGUGGAGACUGCAGUAAAAGCAGCACAGUUCAUCAAAAGCUAUCUGAAGAAGUACACAGUUCUGCCGCCUCUGAUCUUUGUCCUGAAGCAGUUCCUUCUGCAGAGGGAUCUGAAUGAAGUGUUUACUGGAGGAAUCAGCUCCUACAGCCUCAUACUGAUGGCCAUCAGCUUUCUGCAGUUACAUCCUCGGAUAGACACACGGCGUACCAACAUCAACCUGGGCAUCCUCCUCAUCGAGUUCUUCGAGCUGUACGGCCGUGACUUCAACUACAUAAAGACCGGCAUCAGGGUGAAGAACGGAGGGGCGUACCUCUCCAAGGAGGAAAUGCUCAAAGCCAUGGGGAGUGGAAACAGGCCAUCCAUGCUGUGCAUCGAAGAUCCUAUACAACCAGGUAACGAUGUGGGCAGGAGCUCAUACGGCGUCCUGCAGGUGAAGCAGGUGUUUGAUUUCGCCUACAUGGUUCUGAGUCAUGGUGUGUCCCCUCUUGCUCGUGCCUACCCCAAUAAAGAGUAUGACAGUACUUUAGGCCGAAUAAUUAAAGUCAGCCCAGAGGUGUUGGCCUACAGGGACUGGACCAUCAAGAAAUGGGGACUCAGGCAGUACGCUAAGCUGGAGAACCACGAUGUGGACACUUGUGAGCAGGACCUCGCCCGGCUGAUGCUGGUUUCUGUUGAAGAUCAGAGAGACACCUCAUCCCCCCUCAGCGCUGACUCCCCCUCACCUUCUCCGGUCUUCCUCCCCAGUCCUCAACACCACUCUUCAUCAUCAUCCUCUGCUUGCUCGCUCUCCUCCUCCUCUGGGAGUGACAUAGAGUCUGAUUCUCCACCCAUCAGUAAUGCUGCUAUCCAGCUCCACCCUCUCACUCUGGCCUCAGUCCAGUCAGUAAUCCAGAUGGCUGCUGACCUGCGGGCUUCUCAUCAAGCAGGCUUUAUCCACACUGCACCUCAGGUCCAGAUGUCACUCCCAGAGAGCCUAACCAUCCCACCACUCUCUAAUUGCCAGUUCUACCAUGAGAACCCACCUUCCAUCAGUGUUGUGCACCGGCACACGUCGCAGGCCGCACAUGUCUCCCAGCACACCAACUCCCCGAGCCCUCUCCCCAGCCCCCUCCACCAGCUCCAGCAUCCUCAGGUCGCGGGGCAGCAGAGCCACGCGUACAUCAUGAGAUCUAAUUCCCACGGCUCCCACGAGUCUCACAAAGUUGGCUUUAAGCACAAUCAAGGUGGGCCCCGAGGUCCAAAUCACUCUCAAGGUACCUUCAGUCCCCUGCGGCGGUUUGCUCAGCAGGGACAUAACGCAGCGGCGGGUUUCAGGAACCAGCAGCAGUACAACCAGAACACCUGGAGACGUAGGAAGAGAGAUGACCCUCCUGCUCUCAACCAGAGCAGAUGAAUGACUGACACUACUUGACUUGGCAUUGAUUAUUGAGAAGCUGUGAAUGUGGGACACCCGUUUUCAGUCGGACGCUCCAAAGACACACCUACUACAUCCAGGAAUCCAGAAGUCAAUGGAAGCUGUCUCGCAGGGUGUGGAAUAAUCGUCUCUGCUCGCCUUGUGCGGGCUACGCUCUUGCAGGAGAAGACCGACUUUAAACAACCUAAAACAUAAACAGUGUCAAAAUUCAGCGUGGGAUUGAGAAGCCGUUCCUCUUCAUUUGAUGCACACCAGCACAAACUUUGAGUUGAUGGAGGAAUAACUGAUCUCCCGAAACUGGAUCUUUUCAGCAGUGUUACUUCCCACCUGCUUAAAAGCCGGCUGCAGGACUGAAGAGUAUCAAGUUUAACAGCUUGAAUGCAACAUCAUGUGCCAUAGUACUGAACUGGUUUAUCAAACCUGGUCUGUCUUGAAGUUCUGGCCCUUUUGAUCAGGUUUCGGGCUCCUUUGAUCUCUUGAAUGCAACUCCUUAUUGGGCGACGCUCUUCGAUUCAGAGCUCUUACAGCUUGGACUAUCACCUACAAAUUGUACUCUGAACUGAAGCGAAGCACUACCUUUCUACCUAUGCAGCGCAGCGCUGACUUGAUGUUUUCGGUGUGACGGCACAAAACAGACCUUGUCUCAAGUGCUUAAACUGUGAUGACUUGUUUGAAUGUACCAAGUGUUACUUCCUUUGUGUGUUGGUCAUUUUCUUUGGUUCUCUUUGUUUUUGUCACUGAGGGAUUUUUUUUUUUCUCGUUCACAUUGGCACUAUUCUGUUUUUUUUUUUUGUUUUUUUUGUAUUGUGAACAUUUCCACCUUAUUUUAUAUUUGUUGCGUUAAUGUGCAAUAAUGGCUUGCUUUUAUUUAAUUUAUUUCACAUUUUUAGUUUAAUUUUAUGGGUCCUCCCCAGUCUACGUUCUCUCCUGUUUAUUUCUAGACUACAUUGAUCAGUGCAAUAGAUGGAUUUAAGGGCCUUGAAUGAAUGUGUUUGUGUGUGUGUGUACAGCUUUCCAGCAGAAGGGGGGGAGCUAUGGUAUUGAAGCAUGAGAGAUGUGCCAAAAAUCCUAUGAUGCCAACAUUUUCCUCAUGCAUCACUUCCCAUUGCAAUAUGAUCUCUUGAGAUUUUGCCAACUGCCUGUCCAAAAGGUUUUCCCACCACUUGUUGUCAUUUCAAACACUUAAAAGAAGUUAGUAGGUGUAGUUUCUCCCAUCAGACUUCAGGCUGUACUGAGGAAAUGCACCUUUUAGCAGUUUAUAGUCCAUACCAUUUCAAAAAGAGUUGGUGCUACUUAUUACCAGCAAAGUGCUUGUGUUUUUGCCUUAUAUCUCCUUUUUGGAUUCUGUUGAAGCAACAGGUUACUGCCUUCUUAAACGACCAAAUUUGCCCUUUGUCCUGUACGUAGCCAGCUUUCUGUAUUUGUUUCUGUAAGCACUGCCAGGUUUACUUGGCUUUUAUUUUCUAUAUGCAGCUUCAACGUGAAUGCUCCAGGAGUAGACAACUUACUGCAGUAAACGAAUGUUAGCUUGUCACAUCUAUUUUUUUUUUUUUUUUUUUUGUCUUAAGAGUUAAAAACUGGUUGUAUAAGAGAUUUUCCUUUCCUAUAUUUAAAAACAAGACAAGGUUUCAAAGCUACAUUUACACAACAAUCCAUAACUGGCCAUGGAAUGUAAACAAAUUCACCUAUACAAGAGUUUUGGUAGAGCCAUUACAACCAAAAUGUUGUGAAGUCCUUCAUUUCAAAAGUCUGCAAAUGCGACUCCCAUGCAAACCAAACGAUGGAUGGACUCAACUUGAUACUGUUGGCGUUAUCCCCUCGUAUUCAGUGCGGCUCUUAUUGAGCCGUCCAGAGGAUAGCCGUUGGGUUGUUGCUUCACAAUCUCACAAACCAAAUCCCUUGCUCGUGUGUGUCAUUAUGGAUGGGUUAUUAUGUGUAUAUGACUGACAUAUAGAUGUAAACCUUGUUUUUUUUAUGUAAGUUUUUCUAUUUUUUUUAAUAAACAUUUUAAAACUUAA